GGUUAGCUGGCACGCAACACACUUCCCCAGGGCUGUGUUUCCUUUUUCCUGAGAUUUGGCGAAGGGUAAAGGGUCGGAGUCACAUGGAUACAAAGCAUUUGAUUAAUGUCCAAGUCACCGCUGUGGCUGCCGGAGCCGCCUUCCCUCCAGCCCCGGCAGAGUGAGGCCAGGGCAGCGGGGCGGGACGCGCAGGUCCCGGGCCGUAGACCAAUCUCUCGGGACUUUGCUCCGCUGAUCCCCGCGCCUCCUGCGCUGGAGUUCCCGAGGGUGCUGCCCGCCCAGCCUCUCCCCAGCAUGUAAAGUGCCCCGUCCCUGCUCGGACUUUGCGGAGGCAGCAACUUUCCUUCCUCGCGCCCGCGCCGGGGCAGCAGCGGGAGCGCGUAGCGCGGCCUGCCAGCCCCGCAUCCCGCCGCCACCAUGAGCGACGAGAGCGCCAAGGACCUGGAGAAACAGCUCCGCCUGCGCGUGUGCGUGCUCAGCGAGCUCCAGAAGACCGAGCGGGACUAUGUGGGCACGCUCGAGUUCCUGGUGUCGGCAUUCUUACAUCGAAUGAACCAGUGCGCGGCCUCAAAAUUUGAUAAAAAUGUAACAGAAGAAACAGUGAAGAUGCUGUUCUCAAACAUUGAAGAUAUCCUUGCAGUACAUAAAGAAUUUUUAAAAGUCGUGGAAGAAUGCUUACAUCCUGAACCUAACGCUCAGCAAGAAGUGGGAACCUGCUUUCUUCACUUUAAAGACAAGUUUCGUAUCUAUGAUGAAUAUUGUAGUAACCAUGAGAAGGCACAAAAAUUGCUUCUUGAACUUAACAAAAUAAGAACAAUCCGGACUUUUCUUUUGAACUGCAUGCUACUUGGAGGACGAAAAAAUACAGAUGUUCCUCUGGAAGGAUAUUUAGUAACACCAAUACAAAGAAUAUGCAAGUACCCUCUUUUGUUGAAGGAGUUGCUGAAGCGGACUCCAAGGAAACACAGUGACUACGCAGCAGUGAUGGAAGCCCUCCAAGCCAUGAAAGCCGUCUGUUCCAACAUAAACGAGGCCAAGAGACAGAUGGAGAAGUUGGAAGUUUUAGAGGAAUGGCAGUCUCACAUUGAAGGCUGGGAGGGAUCCAACAUUACUGACACCUGCACUGAAAUGCUAAUGUGUGGAGUCUUAUUGAAAAUUUCUUCUGGAAAUAUUCAAGAAAGGGUGUUUUUUCUUUUUGAUAAUCUUCUGGUGUAUUGCAAAAGAAAACACAGACGAUUGAAGAAUAGCAAGGCAUCUACAGAUGGACAUCGGUAUCUUUUUCGUGGGCGAAUCAAUACAGAAGUGAUGGAAGUGGAGAAUGUCGAUGAUGGCACAGCUGACUUCCACAGCAGUGGACACAUUGUUGUUAAUGGAUGGAAGAUACAUAACACUGCAAAAAAUAAAUGGUUUGUGUGUAUGGCAAAAACACCUGAAGAGAAGCAUGAAUGGUUUGAAGCUAUUUUGAAAGAAAGAGAACGGCGGAAAGGCUUAAAGUUAGGAAUGGAACAAGACACCUGGGUAAUGAUCUCUGAGCAGGGUGAGAAGCUUUAUAAAAUGAUGUGCAAACAAGGAAACCUGAUCAAAGACAGAAAAAGAAAACUGACUACGUUCCCUAAAUGCUUUCUUGGAAGUGAAUUUGUAUCUUGGCUGUUGGAAAUUGGAGAAAUUCACAGGCCUGAGGAAGGUGUUCACUUGGGACAAGCAUUAUUAGAAAAUGGAAUCAUCCACCAUGUGACCGAUAAACAUCAGUUCAAACCAGAACAGAUGUUAUAUAGAUUUCGCUAUGAUGAUGGAACAUUUUAUCCAAGAAAUGAGAUGCAGGAUGUGAUUUCAAAGGGUGUGAGGUUAUAUUGCCGUCUGCAUAGUCUUUUUACUCCAGUGAUAAGAGAUAAAGAUUACCACUUAAGGACCUACAAAUCUGUGGUCAUGGCCAACAAACUGAUAGACUGGUUAAUUGCACAGGGGGAUUGCCGCACCAGAGAAGAGGCAAUGAUAUUUGGCAUCGGACUCUGUGACAAUGGAUUUAUGCACCAUGUCCUUGAAAAAAGUGAAUUCAAAGAUGAGCCCCUACUUUUCCGUUUUUUUGCGGAUGAGGAAAUGGAAGGUUCAAAUAUGAAACAUCGACUUAUGAAGCAUGAUUUAAAAGUUGUGGAAAAUGUCAUAGCAAAAUCAUUAUUGAUUAAAUCCAAUGAAGGCAGCUAUGGUUUUGGGUUAGAAGACAAAAAUAAAGUUCCAAUAAUAAAGUUGGUAGAAAAGGGGUCUAAUGCCGAGAUGGCUGGCAUGGAAGUUGGGAAAAAGAUUUUUGCUAUUAAUGGUGACCUAGUUUUUAUGAGACCUUUCAAUGAAGUGGAUUGCUUCCUGAAAUCAUGCUUGAAUAGCAGAAAACCACUAAGAGUUCUUGUGAGCACAAAACCAAGGGAGACAGUGAAAAUCCCAGAUUCAGCCGAGGGACUUGGGUUCCAGAUCCGAGGAUAUGGCCCAUCAGUUGUGCAUGCGGUGGGGAGAGGAACUGUGGCUGCUGCAGCUGGUCUUCAUCCUGGACAGUGUAUUAUCAAAGUAAAUGGGAUCAAUGUCAGCAAGGAAACACAUGCCAGUGUGAUCGCACAUGUGACAGCCUGCAGGAAGUACAGGCGACCCAUGAAGCAAGAUUCCAUACAGUGGGUGUAUAACAGCAUUGAGAGUGCUCAAGAUGACCUUCAAAAGUCUAACUCCAAACCCCCCGGAGAUGAAGCAGGGGAUGCUUUCGAGUGCAAAGUAGAAGAAGUAAUUGACAAGUUCAACACCAUGGCCAUCAUUGACGGGAAGAAGGAACACGUGAGUCUGACAGUGGAUAAUGUCCACCUGGAAUACGGAGUCGUGUAUGAGUAUGAUAGCACAGCUGGGAUAAAGUGCAAUGUGGUGGAGAAGAUGAUCGAGCCCAAAGGUUUCUUCAGCCUCACUGCCAAGAUUCUUGAAGCCCUGGCUAAAAGUGAUGAUCAUUUUGUACAGAAUUGUACCAGUCUUAACUCUUUAAAUGAAGUGAUUCCUACUGAUCUUCAAAGUAAAUUCAGUGCUAUUUGCAGUGAAAAAGUUGAGCAUAUAUGUCAGAGAAUAUCCAGUUAUAAGAAGUUUUCUCGUGUGCUAAAGAAUAGAGCCUGGCCCACAUUUAAACAAGCUAAAUCUAAAAUCUCCCCACUGCACAGCAGUGAUUUCUGUCCAACCAACUGCCAUGUCAAUGUGAUGGAAGUUUCUUAUCCCAAAACAUCAACCUCCCUGGGGAGUGCAUUUGGUGUUCAGUUGGAUAGUAGGAAGCAUAAUUCUCAUGAUAAAGAAAAUAAAUCUUCUGAGCAAGGGAAACUGAGCCCUAUGGUGUACAUUCAGCAUACAGUUACAACCAUGGCAGCCCCUUCAGGUCUGUCUCUGGGACAGCAGGAUGGACGUGGUCUCUGGUAUUUGUUAAAAGAAGAAGAUUUGGAAACCCAAGAUAUCUAUCAGAAACUGCUGGGCAAACUUCAGACUGCCCUGAAAGAGGUGGAGAUGUGUGUUUGUCAAAUAGAUGACCUUCUGUCUUCGAUAACUUAUUCUCCAAAAUUAGAACGGAAGACCUCAGAGUGCAUAGUUCCAGCAGAUAGUGACAAUGAAAAAGGAGAACGAAAUAGCAAACGAGUCUGUUUUAAUGUAGCAGGAGAUGAGCAGGAAGAUUCAGGUCAUGACACCAUCAGCAACAGAGACUCUUACAGUGACUGCAACAGCAAUCGGAAUUCCAUUGCCUCCUUCACCAGCAUCUGCAGCAGCCAGUGCAGCUCAUAUUUUCACAGUGAUGAAAUGGACUCAGGUGAUGAGCUUCCCCUAAGUGUUCGCAUUUCUCAUGAUAAACAAGACAAGAUACAUAGUUGCCUGGAGCAUCUUUUCAGCCAGGUGGAUUCCAUUACCAAUCUCCUAAAAGGGCAAGCUGUUGUAAGGGCCUUUGAGCAAACCAAGUAUCUCACACCAGGUCGAGGAUUACAAGAAUUUCAGCAGGAAAUGGAACCAAAGUUAAGCUGCCCCAAAAGGUUAAGACUUCAUAUCAAGCAGGAUCCUUGGAAUCUUCCCAGCAGUGUUCGGAGUCUUGCUCAGAACAUCAGAAAAUUUGUUGAAGAGGUAAAAUGUAGGAUACUCCUGGCUCUUCUUGAAUAUUCAGACAGUGAGACACAGCUCCGAAGAGACAUGGUGUUCUGCCAGACUCUUGUGGCCACUGUGUGUGCCUUCUCUGAGCAGCUCAUGGCGGCCUUAAACCAGAUGUUUGACAACAGCAAGGAGAAUGAGAUGGAAACUUGGGAAGCCAGCAGAAGGUGGUUGGACCAGAUAGCGAAUGCAGGUGUUCUUUUUCACUUUCAGUCACUUCUGUCGCCAAAUUUGACAGAUGAACAAGCCAUGCUAGAAGAUACAUUGGUUGCACUGUUUGAUUUGGAAAAGGUUUCCUUUUAUUUUAAACCAUCAGAAGAGGAACCACUGGUUGCUAAUGUUCCUCUUACAUAUCAAGCAGAAGGAAGUCGGCAAGCUCUGAAAAUUUAUUUCUACAUUGAUAGCUAUCAUUUUGAACAACUGCCCCAACGGUUGAAAAAUGGAGGAGGGUUUAAAAUUCAUCCUGUUCUUUUUGCACAAGCACUGGAAAGCAUGGAAGGAUAUUAUUAUAGAGAAAAUGUUUCAGUUGAAGAAUUUCAAGCCCAAAUAAAUACAGCCUCAUUGGAAAAGGUCAAACAAUACAACCAGAAGCUCAGGGCAUUCUACUUGGACAAGUCAAAUUCACCGACAAACUCUACAUCCAAAGCUGCCUACAUAGAUAAGCUAAUGAGGCCUCUCAAUGCUUUGGAUGAACUUUAUCGGCUGGUAGCCUCGUUUAUCAGGUCCAAGCGCACAGCUGCUUGUGCAAACACAGCUUGCAGUGCCUCUGGAGUUGGGCUGCUGUCAGUUUCCUCAGAGCUGUGCAACAGGCUCGGAGCCUGCCACAUCAUCAUGUGCAACAGUGGUGUGCAUCGGUGCACCCUGAGCGUGACACUGGAGCAGGCCAUCAUUUUGGCCAGAAGCCACGGACUGCCCCCUCGCUACAUCAUGCAGGCUACAGAUGUGAUGCGAAAGCAGGGUGCAAGAGUUCAGAACACAGCAAAGAAUUUGGGAGUCAGAGAUCGAACCCCACAAUCCGCCCCAAGGCUGUACAAGCUGUGUGAGCCACCUCCCCCAGCUGGAGAAGAAUGAAGAGAAUCCCUAAGCAACCAGGAAAUCAGAAGCUUCUGAAAACUGGACAAGACACAUGACAUGCUGCCUAACCAUUCUCAACUCAAGAUAAAAGAAAAAAUGAAUUUUUUUCUCUAAACCUUUCACCAUGGUGUACAUAACUAAUGUUCAGUUUGUGCUGGGAUAUUUUUCCUGGAAAUGUAAAUGCAUUUAAACAAUUCAGCUACACAAACUGGUUUUUCUAUGUAUUCACAUUAAAUAUUCAUUUUUGAGGUUAAGUUUCCUCCCUGAAAUUUAUGGAAACAUUAUCAGAGAUAAAAAAACAAAUUAACCAUUGUGCUUCCUCUCUCAUUUUAAAAAUGAUUUUGUUAUGUUGUCUUCAUCUUCUCCAAAUGAGAACAUGAAUUAAUGGAGAUUUCCACUAGAAGAAUUGUGACACUGAAGAAAUAUAACCAUGAUUUCCAGGUCCUCAAACAAAAAUGUUACAGACAACAUGAAUCGGGUGCUGUAGACUUUCGGUCUCCCGCUGGCAUCAGAAAGUAGUCUAUGUGUGGAAGGUGACGGGCACGCCUUAUUUUUUAUCCUAAGAGCAGAUUUCUCAGUAGUGGAGACUCUCAGCAAGCCCUUCUUCCUUGAAGUAUCUUUUAUGCUCAUGGACAGUCCGAGUAAGUCAAUGCUAUCAUGGCUGUCUGAACUGAGCAUGGGUUCCUUGUGCCCUGCAUACCAGGUUGUACCAGAAGGGGAAGAGGAUGGGAAGAGGUAGGGACAGAGGAGGUAUGGGGAAUGGAGACUAGGGUGAAUGAAGGAAAAAAAAAAUAUGCCCAUUUAAAAUUAUAACAUUCAAUUUAGAUUCCUAAAAUUUGUAAUUUUGUUAAAACUUUCGUGUGAGAUGUCAGACCCUUAAAAGAACACAUCAUGCUGGGCAGUUUUCUAUCAUGGUAUAUUUAUAUGAUAUGAAAAUAAAGCUUUAUUUGUCAAUCUUUAAAAGGACUAUUAGGGACCCUUUCGGUAAUUUAUGGAAGCACAGAGUAUCCUAUUUUCAUUCUAAAGUAUACCUAAUGUUUAUCAUUCAUGUGUUGAUAAAAUAGCAUUGUUUGUUAACAUACUAUAUAUGGUAAUAUUAAUUUUAAAUCCACAAAUUUUUAAGUGAUUAAAAUGCCCUUAUUGUGAUUGUGAUAAUUAAAUGAAUUUAGACUAAUGGAGUAUGCAAAAUGCUUUUCAUAACUAAAAUAUAUGAAAACUACUAUUAAAUUUUAAUUUAUGAAAUUUGGUGGUGAUUUUCAAGCUUUCAUUCAAAACCUUUUCACUAGUGCAUUGAAUAACAAAACUGUUACACAUGUAUGUGUAAGAUGUUUAUAUACUGAUCAAGGUAAUAAUAAUUGUUAUUUAGCACAAAAGCGCAUUUUUGUGAUAAGUUCAUAGACAUAAUGAAAAAUAAACCAGCAUCACAGUUUUCAAAAAAAAUCCAACACUUUGAGUUUAAUGAAGCUAUGACCUUAACAUAAAUAUCUAUAUUAAGUAUAUACCCAGCUUGCAGUGGUGAUUCAUGAUGCUAUCAGCAGGUGCUUCUGCAGGUCCAUGAUAUUAGUGAAUUGUGAUUUUCCUGUACUGAAAAUUUGUUCAUGUUCAAUGCAGAGCUAAUGAGUGAGCAAACCUGAUGAACUAGCAAAUGCUUUUCAUAUCAUCAUUACUAUUUUCUAAUUACCAUCCUGGCAGUAGUAAUCCUCAUUAGAGGCUCUAAGAACAUUCUAGUUGUACUUUGCUAUGUGUCAAGAGGGAUAUGAUCUGCUAAUGUGAUAUUUAUAAAUUAGCAUAUUUUAAAGGGUUUACUUUUGAUAUAAUAAAAUGUACUUUAUAUUAUUUUAAGGAUUAAACACAAGUGUACCAUCUUUUAGAGUUCUUGGCAUUUAUUAAAUGGUCAAAAUAUAGUAACGAUGUAUAUAUCAUCAGUCGCUUUCCUUUUUUUGUUGUUGUAGUAUAAAUUGUAGCCCACAAUUAAGUAAUUGCUAUAUGCCAAGCGAUGCAAACUUUCACCAUCCUCUGUUAUUACUGAUUCACUUAAUCUUCAUGAUGAAUUAAAGGUUGUGCUCUUUUCAUCACCCUAAUUUUACAGCUGAGGAAGUGAAGCAAUGAAUGGCCCAGUGACUUACCCAAGACCACAUGACUGAGAAGUGGUAAAACCAGGUUUUGAAACCAGAAAGUCUUUCUUUUAAUACUUUGUUUUUCUUCUCCUUAUUUCUAUUUGAAUUAUUAUGAGUUAUUUGUGAGUAUGGUUGGUAUUAUGUGGUAUAUUUUGCCUUUACAUAAUACAUCAUAUAUUGAGAAAAUAGAAGUGAAGGGAAAUAUGUCAAAUGCUUUUAAUGUAAGAAAACAAUUUUGGAUAUGUGUUGAAAGCCUGGAAAUGUACAUCAUAUAAAUUUUGCCAAUUAUUAUAAAACAGCAGUUACAGGGCCUCCCCAGUGGCGCAGCGGUUGAGCACUGGGUUGUGAAGCUGUCAGCAGCCUCUGCAGAGUAGGUUCGAUCCCUGGCUGCUCCCUGGCCACCAGAGGAGGAUCCCACAUGGCUCACAGACCUCCUGCCGCCCGCUGCUCCCCUCAGCAGUGUACCUCGGUCCUUCUGCCUGCUCUGCUCCCUGCUCUGGCUCUGGUGAAUUCUCUCACCCUCCCGCGCUUCUGACUGUACCCAGUGCUUGUAUAAAUAAAAAUAAAUCUUAAAAAAAAUAGGCAGUUACAAUAAACAAAUGUCUAAUGAAUGAAUUUUUCAGUACCAUAUAAUAAUGUACCUCUAUGUGGGACAUGAAACAUUUUAAGUUUGAGCAAUUUGAGAAGACUAAAAUUUUACAUCUAUUUCCACUACUGUUUGAGAUGGAAGGAAGGAAAGAAGGGAAGGAAUUUCUGUUCUAGUUUUACAUAUAUUGAAUAUAUAAUGGUGAAUUUGAAGUCUAAGCUUUAUUUUAUGAAGACAGAUCACAAUCUUAGAGUUCUCAUAUUGUCUCUUUAAAUUACAUUCUAUCAGUGACUUAGAUUCUUGUGCAUUCAAAGGCUACUCUAUGGCAAUAAUGUUCAUUUUAAAAUUAUGUUCAUUUCUUAUGAUACUGUAGCACUUAUGCAUUGUGAUAUUGGUUCUGACUAUUAAUUUAAAUACUGUGAUAGUUAAGUUCAGAGCGAACUAAAGUUGACCUCAGCACUAAUGGUAAAAGUCAAAAAAUGGAUAAACAACUGAAGGACAUAUUAACUAAUUCAAGAAAACAAUUUUUAGCCAUUUGGGCACAUACAUGUGGUCGACAAAGUUAACAUUUGUUGACUUGGACACAUUCAAUUGAUAAUUAUUUAUGUAUUUGAAAAUAAUGCAUUUCUAUUUAAAACGUUAAUUAUUCAGUAGGUCUUUUCCUAUAUGGCAUGAUUUAAUUCAGAUUAGAGAGCACAGUUUUAUUCUCUUGUAUUUUUGAAAAAUAUAAUAUUAAAAUUUAAGAUGAAUAACCUUAUUUAAGUCAUUCUACUUUAAAGAUCACUUUUAGACCUUCUUCAUUUGUGACACUGGUAUUUACUAAUAUUGAAACUAACCUUUAGUGUGUGACUAAAUUGCUUCAUAGUUUUGGGAAACUAUCUUUAAUUUUUAGACUUAUUUUAAGUGAAUUAUUGCACUAAAUUAUGGCUUGAUUAUUUCCCCAAAGCUCGGAAUAGUUAUUUCAUUAACAUGCAUAUAUUUUAUACAAUUUGCUGAGUGAAUUGUCACCUUUCCUGCUUACGUAUAAAGUAUACCUAAGUAUGAAAGGUUUUGAAAUGGUUUAUGAUGAUCUGAACUUAGAUCAAGAAAAAUGUUCUUUGUACUGUCUCGCUUUUGAGGUGUUAGUGAUGAGCCUCAGGAAGGCUUCACCAUGCGUGAAGCAGAAGAGUGAAGGGAAAAUUCUAAAAGGAUUCUGGGCCCAAAAUGGGUUGAGGUGAAUUCCUUUUACAUGCAGUGGCCACAAUCAAUUAGAUGCUGUGAUUCCAUAAUAGUUAUUACAGUUAGUCAUUGGUUUGAGAAGAAUUUUACUACUUCAAAACUUUGCUUUUAAUGUGUUGUCAGCAUCCAUGUGGCCAAGCUCUGCAUGCAAGGAAGACUGCUAGAUAUGAGCAGCUUGCCUCUCCCUGUUGUUGCAUGGACAGGUGGCCUUCUUCACUCAGGAUAGCUUGUUUCUCUCACUAAGAAGAGAUGCUGUUGUCUACUAAUGAAAAUAUAUGUAAUAAACUGUGUGUAUAUAUGCAUGUGCAUAUAUAUAUGCCUUUUUUAUAGAAGUAUAGUUACUACUUUUUUAUAACAAGACAAUAAAAAUUACUUAGGUUCUUUUCUGUUUUGUAUGAAGAUAUAAAAAUGGAGUUAUUCAAUAUAUUGAAUGUUUGUUUUGUAGACAUCAUAGUUCCCUAAAUAUACACUAGGCAUACCUGGUAAACCAUCUUUUAAUCACUGACACUGGUUUGCUACUCAAUCUGGCAUCAAUUUAUCUGACUUUGCCAACCAGAAUUAACUGAUUAAGAAUAAAAAUUACUGACUUUUAAAAUGAUAUUCAUACUAUAAAUAGAAAGCUUUGAAUAAUUAAUUUUGGGCAAAUAUAGAAUAACAAAUGUCAUUUACUCAUGUAUUCAUUCAAUAAGCAUGUUUGAGAAUUCACUUCGUACAGGCACAGUGAAUAGGCCUCGUUUGUGUAUUGGAUUUGUUUGCUUUGAAAACCUGCACAGUAACUCUUUGAUGUUAAUGAUUGCCUGUGUCUGUUACUUGAAAUGACUUUAUUUGUAAUGUAAACAUAUUCUAAUACUGUGUAGGUAUAUAUAAUGUAUGAAAUAAGAAACCUAAAUUGGUAAAAUAUUUAGGAAAGAUGCAUUUAAAUUUGAAUAUCUAAUGCC